AUGGGGUUCGUAAAAUCUGGUACACUAUCAAACAAAACAAAUUCUUUAGGUUCGCGCCCGAGAAGCCCCCACGGAGCGCCGAGGGCGCCGGUAGCCAAUGAGGUGGCCGGCACGCCGCCGAAUGCGUCUCGCGGGCCAAUGGUGCACCCCGGGGCGGAGCCUCGAGCGACGCGCGGCCUUCGCCCCCAGCUAAAACCUUUUCGCCUCCAGUCGUUUACCGAUAAGCCCGCGGGAUGGUCGAAUAUUAUUACAUUUUGUACGCGUGAUUCUGUGAUCUACGCUGCGCCUGAGGCGGUUGUGAAUCGAUAG